GCCGGCCGCCGGAGGGCCUUGCAGGCUCCGGGCGCGGGCCGGGGAGGAGGGGCCGCGGGCCGGGCCGCCUCGCCGCUUCCGGGGGAGCCGGAGAGCCGGGCGGCCAUCUACCCGGACCUGCGCGCCGCACUUCCCCUCGCCGGGGGCGACCGGCACCGCGCGGGAGCCCGAGCCAGCCCCGCGGUCCGCACCGCGGCGGGGUCGCCGCCACCCACGCGCAGGAUGGCUGUUCCAUAAGGUCACGACUGAGUCCCCUCCCUUCUCUCACUUUACCAAUGCCUGGUCUCAUGGGGUUAGUUUUGAGCCCCAUACUAUGGCAUCAUCAUCCUCCUUCCCAGCUCCUCGCGCCCGGUCCAAGAAGCCUCUGGGCAAGAUGGCUGACUGGUUCAGGCAGGCCCUGUCGAAGCCCAGGAAGCUGCCGGACUCCGCAGAGAGCACCUCCAGGGACGUUUCACAGCCGAGCUCCCGGGACGCCCCCCCCGCCCCGGGCCUCAGCUCAGCCUUGCCUCGCACCCCGCCGCCCACCCACGUGGGUGCCGCCAGCAGCAGCGGCGGCCGCUGGAGCAAGGACUACGACGUCUGCGUGUGCCACAGUGAGGAGGACCUGGAGGCCGCCCAGGAGCUGGUCUCCUACCUGGAGGGCAGCACCGCCGGCCUGCGCUGCUUCCUGCAGCUUCGGGAUGCGACCCCAGGCGGCGCCAUCGUGUCUGAGUUGUGCCAGGCCCUGAGUAGCAGUCACUGCCGGGUGCUGCUCAUCACCCCCGGCUUCCUGCAGGACCCGUGGUGCAGGUACCAGAUGCUGCAGGCCCUGAGCGAGGCCCUUGGGGCGGAGGGCCGCACCAUCCCGCUGAUGUUGGGCCUCACCAGAGCCGCCUACCCUGCUGAGCUCCGGUUCAUGUACUUCGUGGAUGGCCGGGGCCCCGAUGGCGGCUUUCGCCAAGUCAAGGAAGCAGUCAUGCGCUAUCUGCAGACCAUCAGCUGACACUUCUUACUUCACCAUGGGACCCAGAAAGUUGGAGCGAAGCUGAAAAUCCAGUUAGAGAGCCCAGGGCCUCACAGGGCCUCAGAGGGCCUUGGAUUCCAGCUGCUGUGACGAGGUGUAAGGAACCAGAGUUUGUAGCACUUUGUAUGUAAUCCUGGGGUCAGAUUGCCCAUCGGGCACUCAUUACUGUAGGCUCCCCAGAAAGGCCAUGGGGAAGCUGGGGACUCCCCCAGGAAGGUCAUGGGGAAGCUGGGGACUCCCCCAGGAAGGCGUGUGGAAACUGGGGACUCCCCAGGAAGGCCAUGGGGAAGAAGUCGUAGGUGUCAGGAGGUGCUGAUACCAAGAUCACCUGUGUUUUGCUUCCUGCCUCACUGGACACACACAGCCUGGCACAUACCUACAUCUUCUUCCCCUGGAACCGGGCACUGGUAUAGAGAAGCACCAUCCCACCCCUACCCCCCAGAAGAGGUGACUCACCUGGGUCAUGAGCUAGAAGCCUGCACUGCACGCUGGGCUGGUUUCCCCAGUGGCCUGGCAUCAGGAGAAAGCAACAGGUACCAAGUCCUUCACACACUACUGCCCUUCUCUUUCCCAGGGACGUUGUCCACUCCAGAAGGCUACAGGGAAGAUGCAUUCAGCACUGUACUCUAUUUACUUUUAUUUCGUGUGUGACAUGAAGAUGCAAACCUAGAAACCUUUCUGAAUAGUCAGGAGGGGGCAGGGAGCAAGUGGGCUGAAGAGAAGGAAAAGCUCAGCCCCUAUCGCUGGCUCAGAAGCCCACCCACCGAUGCUUUCCCUCACAGGGGCCUCAUCAAAGGUCUGACUAGAACUCAUGCUUUUACAAGCUUCUUUACCUCUGUACUGAGAGAGGUCAGCAGUUUUCUUCUGGCAGAUGAUUGUGUACCUCGUAGGACAAAGUUUCAUUCAUCUGUUCUCAGUAAGUCUGUUGUUGAACCGAAAUGAACUUACUCCCCUGAUGGGUAUUUUGUGCCUUUGUCCCCCUCCUAUGUCCCCUCCUUUCACUGGAAAAUAUGUAUAUAUUUGAGAUAAAUUAACACAAUGACAUUAGUUUUAGGUGUAAAAUAUGACUUGACAUAUAUAUUAUGAAAAAAAAUUUUAAUUAUGAAUUAUUUUAUUACAUACAGAAAGACUAUACUGUCCGCUCAUGUACCUUCCACCCAGCUUAAGAAGCAAAACCUUACAAUCCCUAUGGUGCCCCCUUUGUGCCCUUAAUCACCUUCUCCCAAUAGAAGAAUUUUGAAUUCUGAA